UUAUAUUUCGCAAAAUUCGAGCGCGGUAUGAUUUCGUUUCAUGUGGAAAGGAAAGGCUAGAACCAGCCCGUGUAUAUUUCGUAAAGUUCUGUUGUAGCUAAAAUAAUUAUAUCUGCUGUUWAUUUCAAAAUGAGUGAAGACCCUGACUCUCCUCCCGAAAGGGAAAUGAAGGAUUUUCAGUUCCGGCAAAUGAAGAAAACCCGUGUCUUUGAUUCACCUGAUGACCUGCCGAAGGAUAGAUCAAGUCUGCUCACCAUCUCCAACAAAUUUGGACUGACAUUUGUCGGACUAGACAGAAAGAUCAAGGUGUACCUCACGGGGGACAUCCUAGCUUCAGACAAAGUUGAUGGAAACUCCAAUGAAAUAGUUGAGGGGAUAGCAGCCUUAGCUGAUGUUCAUGUGGAGUUGCCUGUGCACAACCUGGGACUCAGCAGUGAUGAGCUCACCCUGUCAGUCAGUGGCAUGUCAGAAGCAUCAGGCCUGUCACUGGCCUUCUACGACGUCCGCACCUUCAUCAACAAGGCCCGACCGCAGAAGUUGCCAUUUGCGACUCUGCAACCGAGAGCCGGCCUGGGCAUUAUUGUGCAGGACCUCAAAUGGAACCCGGUGCAGGUGUCCAUGCUGGCCACCUGUCUGUCUGACGGCAGCAUGAUGGUGCUGGACGUCACAGACAGCGUCACAGUGCAGGCCCAGCUACCCGCCACAACGGGCAUCACCUGUGUAUGCUGGAGUCCCAAAGGAAAGCAAGUAGCAGCAGGAAAAAUGAAUGCAACAGUCAGUCAGUAUACUCCAGGGCUUCAGGAGAAGAAAGUGAUCCCCUGCCCAAGCUUCUACAGCUCUGACAACCCUGUCAAAGUGCUGGAUGUGCAGUGGCUGAGUACGUUUGUGUUUGCUGUGGCAUAUGCAGCAGCCGACGGCUGUCCGGAAACACCUCCUGAACUGGUGGUGAUCUCCCUCCCUACAAAGACAGAGAAGAGGGAGGAGAGGUACCUGAACUUCAACGACCCGGUGUACGGCACCUGCACAGAGAGACAGCACCACUACUUCCUCAGCCACAUAGAGGACUGGAAUGUUGUUCUUGCCGCAUCAGCAGCCUCCAUUGAAGUCAGUGUCAUCGCCAAGCAAGAAGAUAAGACCAACUGGGAGCUGUGGCUGCUGGAGGACGCCAGCAGGGGAGAGCUGCCUGUCUCUCAGAAUAACGACGACACGCUGCCCCUGGGGCUGGCCAUUGACUACACCAGCCAGCAGGAGAUCCACAUCACAGAUGAGAAGACUUUGCCCCCGGCGCCCACUCUGUUGCUGCUGUCUACAGACGGAGUGCUGUGCCCCUUUUCACUGCUCAACUUCAACCCUGGGGUCAAGCAGCUGGUCGCUGCCCCCACCAGCCUGGCCCUGGACGGAGAGAGACUGCCCCCUGCAGGAUCUGCAGCUCCCCCGCCCCCUUACCCAACCUCCUCUCUCCCAUCAGCCCCGGCGGCGUUCCCUCCGCUCCGCCUCCCAUUGGCCACCACACCAAACCCUCCUCCACCUACCUCCUCCCCUGCCUCUGUUUCACUGUUCACCGCAGCCCCAGCUCCAGCCUCCUCCGGCUUCUCGUUCUCCAUGCCCCCCUCUUCCACUGCUCCCCCCGCCUUCUUUCUGGGGGGCUCUACGGCCUUCAGCGCGAGCCCAGCCUUGGGAACCUCUGGUAGCUUCUCCUUCUCCUCCAAGCCCCUGACAGAGACCCCAGCCGCAGCUUCGGCCUUCUCCGUCAGUGCCCCCAAACUUCCAGUGGUGGAAAUGGCUCCAGUUCCGGCCCCCACUCCAAAGCCCACCCCCCAGCGCCUGGCCACCGCCUCCCCCAUCAUGGUGCUCCGAGGCACCCCCGAGCCAACCCCUCCCGCUGUGAAGAUGAACCUCAAUGACAGAUUCCUGGCAGUAGAGACCCCUGCUGCAGCUCCAGCCUCCCAGCCCUUCUCCUUCAACUCCACACCCAAAGCUGCCUUCUCUGAGCCCAGCAGCCAUUCCGCUCCUCUGCCCAUAGUCACCAAGUCUGCAGCCAUGCCAGAUCGCCCACUUCCAGAAGGAGUUGGAUGACCUGAAGGCACGCAGCCACAAGGCAGACUUCAGAGUGGGCACCACAGAGGAGAUGAAGGAGCUGAGGAAGGAGUCUGAGGACCUCCACGUCUUCAUCCUGGAGAUCAAAGACACCACUGAGUCUCUCCAUGGGGACAUCAGCACUCUGAAGACCACCAUGCUGGAGGGCUUUGCCGGGGCGGAGGACGCAAAGGCCCAGAGUGAGCUCAACAGACACCGUGGCUACCUGCAGCUGCUGUACAAGAAACCACUGGACCCACGCAGUGAAGACCAACUCAAGGAGAUUCGCAGGCUGUACCAGUAUGUAAAGUUUGCUGUGGAGGAUGUUAACGACGUGUUGGACCUGGAGUGGGAGAAACAUCUGGAGAAGAAGAAGAAACAGAAACACAUGAUUGUCCCAGAGAGGGAGGCUCUAUUCACAGCCUUGGCCAACAACCUGGACAUCAUCAACCAGCAGAAGCAGAGACUGGACACACUGGUCAAAGACCUCCACGCCCUGCGGCUCUACAACAAGACUGCAGCCUGGAGCACUCCUGCCCCCAGCCAGCCCUGCCAGCCUGCUGCUACCACCCCCACUGAACAGGGUUUGGACAACGAGCUGGAGAGUUUGAGGGAUGCACUCCUGAAAGCCAGUCUGGAGACCAUUCCCAAGACCACCUCGAAAUCGCCAGCCAAAAUGUCUCCGAUGAAGCAGUCUCAGCUGCGUAACUUUCUCUCCAAGAGGCAGACACCACCAGUCCGCUCCACCGCUCCAGCCAACCUGUCCCGCUCGGCCUUCCUCUCUCCCAAAUACUACGCGGACCUGGACGAUGUGAGCUCCACCUCCUCCCUGUCUCAGGCCCUGGACCCAGACUACUCCCAUUAUUUUGCGGAGGAAGAACCAGAGCCUGAGCCUGCCCCCCUCCCCAUGCUCKCCCUCUCUAUGCCCCGCCACCCCACGGUGGUACGCACCCCCUCCAUAGCCCCGGGGUUUGGGGCCAUCCAGUCCACUCCCUUCAGCAAGGUGCGCCAAGGCCUGGGCCUCAGCCCCAUCAUGAGCCCAGUUCCAACCAAUAAGAUCAACAUGGGAGGUGCCGACAGCACGGCACUAGCCACUAAGACGGUGAAGCACGGAGCCCCGCCUACUGAGAAGGCCACGCCCGUCCCGCUUCCUGCCCAACAGGCUGCUGCGAAAGCCGCUUUCCUCAGACAAAUGGCCAAUCAGAAACCAGCAGUCAGUGGCUCUCUGACAGAGUCCACCCUGAAGACUGUUCCCCAGGUGGUCAACGUACAGGAGCUCAAUGACAGAGGAUCGCCACUGCCUGUCUCCACUGUGAUCAGCUCCUCAGUCCCAGCCCCGGUCGGUCAGGUUGUUCAGCAGGUUUUGGCGACGGUGGCCAACACCAACCAGGCCAAACGAAAUUCUACUCAAGGCAUACUGAAGGUGUCCGCUGAGAGUGUCUGCUCAGCUUCCCCCCAGGGUUUUGUGUUUGGCGGACCCCCUAAAGCUGACGCCCUAGUCUCCCUGCCCACCUCCAGCUCAGCCCCGUCACUGGGGGAGCAGAGCAGCAAAGCUUUCUCCUUCAUCGCAGCGUCUGCCGGGGGCUUCAGUUUCUCCUCUGCGUCCCAAGGAGCUCCACCAGUAAAGGACGUGAGUAAAUUCUCCUUCAGCAGCGCUGGCGGCGGCACAGGCAAGAUGAUGUUUGGCUCUUCUGCCGGGGAGGAACCCUUCUCCUUCACCCCCAAAUCCACCUCCCCCGCACUGGUGGCCAACGGCUCCCCCACCCCUCUUCCCAGCAUGUCAGGCGAGCCUGUGAGGCCCACCUCCAUCACCCCCACCCUCAGAGUCGAGCCCCAGGCCCCCAAGGUGGUAGGAGGAGAGACCCUGGGGAGUUUCUCAGGUCUACGUGUGGGCCAGGGGGACGAAGAGAAGCCCUCAGCGGCCGCGUUUAGCUUUGGGCAGCCGGACAACGGAGGGGCGCUAGGGUUAGGCGCGGGGGCAGCCCAGUUUAGUUUUGGGUCGGCCCUCCAGCAAGGGAAGCUAGCCGAGGCUGCAUUUGGUGAAGCGGAUUCUACCCUGACAGACUUAUCCAAGGCUGCAUUUAAGCCUCCCGAACCAGCCGCCCUAUCUGUCACUAAGCCUGUGUUCUCCACGUCAGCAGCCACCUCCUUCAGCAGCCUCCUAGCAGCACCCCUCUCUUCCCCCUCAACCACCCUGGAGAAGGAGCACUCCAAAACCCCCACCCCCCCGGCAGACCCCACUCCGCCCCUAGAGCCUGCUUCCUCACAGCCCAGCCCCUCCAUCAGCCCCCCUAUCGCUGAGCCUGAGGUUACUACCUCCCCAGAGCCCUCAGUCACCCCUACCAUCCCUGAAAAAGCCCCAACGCCCCCAGCUCCCCCCGCCACCUCUACCACCUCUUUCCCCCCUGCCUCCAUCACCCCACCAGCCCAGGCAGCCCCAAGCACCACCCCAGAUCCUGUCCAUGAGUCCACGCCUGCCCCUGAGGCCUCACCACCCGCAAUCACACCCACCCCGGAGGCCCCACCACUAGCCUACCCGGCCCCCAGCUCGGACAAACCUGGCUCCAUCUUCACCCAGCCACCGGCCAUCACCGCAGUUAGCACAACUAUAGCGGUCACCAGUCUCAUCCCGGUCAUCAACACUGCAGCCCCCGCCUCCACUACCCCUACCAACUCCAACUCUGUAUUUGGGCAGCCCGCUCCAGCCUCAGCGGCUGCCGGCGGCUUUGGUUCCACCGGCUUCGGGGCUCCCCCUGCUACAGGCGCAGCAGCUGGCUUCGGGAAACCCGUAUUCGGACAGACAGUAGGCGGGUUUGGCCAGCCUGCUGCUAAUGUAGCCGGUGGCUUCGGUUUUGGCCAGUCUGCAUUUGGGGCCAACCCCGGAUUUGGACAGCCUGCAGCGGCCUCCCCUGCUGCAGUUGCCAGUACCGCUGCUAGUGGAGGUGGUUUGUUUGGAGCCCUCAGUGUCAGCAAUGCAAGCGGCUUUUCCUUUGGCACCCCCAGCGCCAGUACGGCCAGCAGUACGGGCACAGGCCUGUUUGGGCAGCCGAGCGCCACCCCAGCCUUCGGGCAGCAGAGUGCCGGGUUUGGACAAGGCUCUGUGUUUGGAAGCAACACCACCACUACAUCUUCCACUGGUUUCAGCUUUGGACAGACUGCAGCUUUCGGAAGCUCCUCCACUACCUCAGUGUUUGGUCAACAGCCCAGUGGUGGGAGUGUCUUUGGACAGCAACCAUCCAGUGGUGGGGGUCUGUUUGGGUCUAGCUCUGCCACGGUAGCAGGCUCCCAGCAGGCAGGGGGAGGCUUCUUCAGUGGCCUGGGGGGAAAACCCAGUGAGGACGCCGCCAACAAGAACCCCUUCGGCACGACCGCCGCCACCGGGGGCUUCAGUCAGCCCAACCAGACAGGAGGACCCACCCUGUUUGGGAACAGCGGGGCCAAAACCUUUGGCUUUGGCUCUCCAGCAUCAACAUUCGGAGGGGGGGAGCAGACGGCCAGUGGGACCUUUAGCACGGGAGGCGGGAGCGUGGCCGCUCAGGGGUUCGGCUCCUUCUCCACCCCUGCCAAACAGACAGGUGGUUUUGGGAGUGCCCCUGUGUUCGGUAGCCCCCCUGCUUUUGGGGGCUCCCCGGCUUUUGGGGGGGCAGCAGCGUUUGGCUCGGCACCCUCUUUUAGCAGUCCCAUGGGCUCCUCAGCCAGCAAGGUGUUUGGAGAGGGAACGGCAGCCGCCAACGUGGGAGGAUUCGGCUUUGCCUCCACUCAACAAAGCACACCGUCGUUUGGUGCACUGGCCAACCAGAGUGCGCCAUCCUUUGGUAACCUGGCCCAGCAGCAGCAGGGGUCAGGGUUCGGAGCUCCUCAGCCCAGCGGCUUCUCUGCGUUCGGACAGCAGGGAGGAGGAGGCUUUGGGUCUGCUGGUGGCUUUGGGUCCAAUCAAUGAUCCAGUGGGGUCCCCUAAUCCAGGAGGAAACAAAAUGACCAAGAUGGCCUGGACAACAAUAAAGAAUAUACCCU